GAAUAUUAGUUUGUAAAAACUUUUAAAAAUGACAGCAGCUUUUAAAUAUUCAUUUUUGUGUUUAGCCAUUUUUGCCUUAGCAGCAGCUCAAAAAGAGCCUCAUUUUAAGGAUAAUCGCUCCACCAUAGUGCAUUUGUUCGAAUGGACCUGGCCCGAUAUAGCCAAGGAGUGUGAGGAGUUUUUGGGACCUCAGGGUUAUGGCGGAGUGCAGAUCUCACCUCCCAAUGAGGUGCGUGAAAUAGAGGGUGGACCCUGGUGGGCUCGCUACCAACCCUUAUCCUAUAUACUCGUUUCCAAAUCGGGUAAUGAGGCUGAUUUAGCUGACAUGAUUUCUCGCUGUAACGCUGCUGGUGUACGCAUUUAUGUGGACAUUGUGGUAAAUCAUAUGACCGGCUAUAAGGAUGGCGAAACUAUUGGUACCGCCGGUUCGGUGGCCAAUUAUGGUGAACGUAGCUAUCCUGCCGUUCCUUAUGGCCCCGGAGAUUUCCAUGCUACCUGUGAUAUACAUGAUUAUCAGGAUGCUGUACAAGUUAGAAAUUGUCAAUUGAACUCUUUGGUGGAUUUAGAUCAAAGUGUACCUCAUGUUAGGGAAAUGAUUGUGGGCUAUAUGAACAAAUUGGUGGAUUUGGGUGUGGCUGGUUUUCGUGUAGAUGCUGCUAAACACAUGUGGCCCGAAGAUUUGGAGGCCAUUUAUGCUGCAGUAAAAGACUUGAAUGAGGAAUUUUAUUUCCCGGAAAAUGCUAGACCUUAUAUCUAUCAGGAGGUCAUUGAUUUGGGUGGAGAAAGUAUUAAAAAAACCGAAUACAACCACAUGGGCGCUGUUACCGAAUUCAAAUUCUCCACCGAAAUUGGCCGUCUAUUCCGCAAUAAAAAUUCCCUGAAAUAUGUACGAAACUGGGGACCCGAAUGGUACAUGUUGCCCUCCGAAGAUGCCAUAGUCUUUGUCGACAAUCAUGACAACCAAAGAGGCCAUGGUGCCGGCGGUGAGGAUAUUUUAACCUACAAACAAGCUGAUCUCUAUAAACUGGCGGUGGCCUUUAUGUUGGCUCAUCCUUAUGGCGGUGUAACCCGAGUAAUGAGUUCUUAUGAUUUCACCAAUACCGAUCAAGGACCACCACUAACGGAAGAGGGUCAUAUUAAAGCUCCCGAGUUUUUGGAAAAUACUUUAUGUGACACUGACAAUGUGGGUUGGGUGUGUGAACAUCGCUGGCCGGAAAUCAGACAAAUGGUUCAAUUCCGUAAUUUAGUGGGUGCGGAGCCUUUGGAGAAUUGGUGGGAAAAUGGUGAGAAUCAAAUUGCCUUCUCACGUGGCUCUAAGGGAUUUGUGGUGUUUAAUAUGGAACCAGAUACAGAGCUAAAAGCUUCAUUGCAGACUGGUUUAGCUCAGGGAGUUUAUUGUGAUGUUUUGUCGGGCUUGAAAGAAGAUAAUGAUUGUUCGGGUUUGAAGAUUGAAGUGAAUGAAGAUGGUGUGGCCGACAUUAAUUUGGCUCAGGGACCUUUGGCUGUGGCCAUUUAUGAAGGUUCUAAAUUGGUUUAAAUUGUAAAGUAUUUUAAAUGGAUUGUAGUGCUAAUUAAAAUAAAUCAUGCUAGUGUAAACACUUUUAGAUGUUGGUUUGUUUA